AAAUACCUAUCGUAAAUGUAAAUUGUAAUUUAGAUUUUAUUUCAAAAAAUAAUUCUCUGACUAUAUAAACUGAGAAAGUAAGAAGUUCAACAUUAAAAUUGUUUGAAUUUGAUAAGUAAAGUAACGUUUAGGAAUGGACAUUUAACUUUAUUAAAAUCGUAACAAUAAAUAAAAGCUGGCAGAAGUUUCGAUAGUAAUGUGAAGACAUGUUUGGGUACAGCAAAGAAGCAGUUCGGGUGAAAGUCAAGAAAUGCGAAGGGAAACUACAACCGGAAUUGAGAAAGUUUUCAGUGGACCCUCAGAUAACUUCUCUGGAAGUGUUACAAAGCAUUUUAGUGAAAGCAUUUGAUAUAAAAUCUGACUUCACUCUAUCCUACAGAACUGUUGAUGACUAUGGACAAGAAAUAUAUUUGCCAUUGCUGUCUGAUUGGGAUUUGGAUGCUGCUUUUCUCAAGGCUCAUAAUAUAGCUCUAACACAAAGAUCAGAACCAUGUGUGCAGCUGAAAGUGGACAUGAAACCAUUUGCGGAGGCUUCCGAAGACUGGGAGCCACCCACCAUUCCUCAGGCCCCUGUCAACCAAACCAAAGAACAACCUACAGUACACCAAGCUGCACAAGUUGAGAGGCAGGAAACACAAAGUGGUUUCCAAGGUCUAAUUAUGAACCAGGUUGAGAAAACAUUUAACAUGUUUUCAAGAGCACUUAAUCUUUACGACGACCCCAACACUCCACCGCGGCCUCCACUUAGUGACAUUGAAUUCAGAGCAUUUUUGGAUGCUGUCGGACAAAUCAAUAACACAUCCAAACUCAGAGAAGUUAUAUACUGUGGUGGUAUCGAACCUAGUUUACGUAAAGUAGUCUGGAAACACAUUUUAAAUGUUUACCCAGAUGGAAUGACUGGUAAAGAAAGAAUGGAUUAUAUUAAAAAGAAAGCAAAUGAAUACUACACUCUAAGAUCUCAAUGGAAAGACUGCAUACAAAAGGGGAUGGUAAACUCAGACUUAGCCUAUGUGACGAGUAUGGUGCGUAAGGAUGUUCUGCGAACCGAUAGACACCACAACUUCUAUGCUGGAAGCGAUGACAAUCAAAACAUAGCGUCCCUUUUCAAUAUUCUCACAACGUAUGCUUUGUAUCAUCCUACAGUAAGUUACUGCCAAGGUAUGUCUGAUUUAGCGUCACCUCUACUCGUAACGAUGGGCGACGAAGCGCACGCUUAUAUUUGUCUCUGUGCUCUUAUGAACAGGCUGUAUCCUAACUUUUUACUUGAUGGAGAAGCAAUGACAGUGAAAUUUACACAUUUGACAGAGUCUCUCCAAGUUUAUGAUCCAGACUUCUACAACUAUUUGAAAUCUCAACAAGCCGAUGAUUUAUUGUUUUGCUACAGAUGGUUGCUUUUAGAGAUGAAACGAGAAUUCGCCUUCGAUGAUGCUCUCAGAAUGCUGGAAGUACUCUGGGCCUCAUUACCACAAAAAGCUCAGCCAAUCGAAUUGUCUUUAAAGGAGAAAGACUUUGAUUCCACUGUCGAAGUAGAUAUCGAUCCUCCUCCUCUAAGUCCAUUAAUAAAAGCGCCACGAGAAAACGCAUACACGAAAGUGUGCGCAAUAAGGCGCCAAAGUUCAAGUUUCAGCUUAGCUAAUGUGAAAGCACCCAAACUAGCCACAAUCAAACAAACGAACCACAGUUUAGACGAAAACGUAGCCCGCAAAAUUUUAAACAGUUCAUCUUUAAAACACGCUAAGGAAUUUCAGAGUUUAGACGACGCGGUUUUGCAGACAAAAAAACUGUCGAAUGAAAACAUUGCCGACAAGAGUACAGAAACAAUUUCCACGACUACAUCGACAACUCUGUCGAAAGAACAAAAACUUAGUUCUAGAAGAGGUAUGAAGAGUGUGCCGGAGCACGGAAAAGUUUUAGAUGUUCCGGAGACAACGACAGCUUGGUCGAGCACAGGAAACUUGUCCAAUGGCACGUCACACGCUGAAACAAAAGAAACGCCUUUGGGAAGUCAAAUUAGGCUGUUGAGAGAUAAAAUAUCUGUGCACAACAAUAAAUUUUUUUCUUCCUUAGACACUCUUGAUGAUUCCACAUGUUCAGAUUCUAACAAACCGAAAGUUAGAAUGAUUAAGAAUUUAAAUGAAUUUCUGAACUUUGCUACCGGAACUAAAACUGGUAUGGUAAAACAAGAAAAAUUGCAGCGAACUCAUUCGGCUAUUGAACGAACACGAUCCAAAGAAUGUCCCAAAAUAACUUUAACCAAAACAUCCUAUGACGAAAACGAUAUAUCAUCCACAAAUUUAAAAAAUCAGGAUAUCAACAAAAUUAGUAAAAUGAGUUUCGAAGUCAACGAAAGUAGUAGUCCAGAUGAUUCGCAAGAAUAUUAUCCUAUGACUACUUCUAUGACAAGAGAAUUAAGACUGGAAUUAGAACAUUUAGACCGCCAAGUGUUUGGCCCUUCAUAUGUUAACCGCUGUAGUAUGAUAUGUGAUUCGCCAUCGGAUUCUACGAGUACUGAAGACAAACCGGGAGCAUUUUACACAAAGACAAAAGCCGAUGGUGUCACGACUGAUGCACUAGAAAUACAAAAUGUAGUAACAGAGUCAGUAGAUACCAUGAAAAGGUCACCUUUACUCGACACUAUGAAAUCGAAUGCGCGAAGUGCUGAGGACAUAUACCUAUGGGAGAACCCAUUGCACAGAAACACUCCUACUACAAGAACUACUGCGAGUUGUCCUCAAACUCCCGAUGAACAAGCCGAACUGGAUUUCGAUGGCGAUACGGGAGAAAUUUUCGAGGAACAUUCCGGCAAAAAAUCUAUAACACCUAUAAGACUACUGAGAAAAAACCACUCCCUGGAACGACAAGAACUUCUGAAAAACACAAGACAUUCCAGCACACAUUCCAGCGAAUCGGAUUCCUCCGAGAAGGAUCCGGUGGAAUCGAUAGACACGCCCACUCUGAUCCACAGCCAACACGAACUUAAUUCAAAAUCCCACAAAUUUUUCUCAAAUAUGUCCCAAGAAUUAGAGAACGCAAAGAAGAAUUGUGAAUCUCUUCUAAACGUUAAACAGUCGAACUUGCAGAGCGUUGCGUCUACUAUAAACAAUUUUCAGAAGAAGUAUGAGGUUUUCAAACCGCCCGUACAAAAGAGCACGAGUGUUCCGUCGGUUGGAACGGAAAGUUCUGUUAAAAAUUGCAUCAGCAGUCUUCCAUCGCCGACUGUAUUCGGUGGCGGGAACCCAUUUUUAAUGUAUUUAUGCCUGACAGUAUUGUUACAACAUAGAGAUUAUAUAAUGAGAAAUAGAAUGGACUACAACGAGUUGGCGAUGCAUUUCGACAAGAUGGUACGUAAACACAACGUGAACAGGGUAUUGAAUCAAGCGCGGCAAAUGUACGCACUUUAUUUGAAGCAUCAAGCACACAAGACUGGCGAUGUUACUACUUGAAGUUUUUUUUCUUUAGUGACUGUAAAGAUCUCCAAUGUAUUCUUUUUAUUGCUCACGGUUUCCUAAAUAUAAGCUUAGGUAUAAGUUUAAAAUUACUGCGUCAAAUAAAUUGUAUUUUAAUGAUCCAUUGAAAUUCAACGAGGUAAGGGUCCCAUGCAGUCGGUCGCUUCGAUAUUAUUGAACCACAAAGUCAACCUAUUUAACAACUUUACUAUUGAGAUCGACUUUUAACAUUAGACAGCUGUGGCAAUCAAAUAAAUCAAACUGAAUCGUCUGUCUGUAUAAGAACCAAUAUUUAUGUAAAAUGUGAGGUGUUUGUGACGUAUUCAUAACAGAGGCCUUAAUUAAGUAUUUUAAUAUAUUUUAAGUAUGAGAGAAUUGACAUAACAGGGGCCUUGCAAUAUAUUUUGUUUACUAUGUUUGACGAUAGAAAUCUUUAGAAUGUAUUCUUUUUUUUUUGUAAGAGGCAUGAGACGUUGUAAUUACACGGCAGGCAUUUCGUAAGAUAUUAGGACACAAUAUCGCCUCAUGUUUUCGAAAUGACUUUCAAAGUACCAAUUUAACUUAAGACCGCGUAACUGUUGGCAGCACCUCAAGUACAGUCCACUUAAUGGAAGGUGAACGAAAGUGGAAUGUAUUCUAGUUGGAAAUGAAGUUUGAUAAUUCCCUUUUUGUAGGAAAUUAUUGUUUGAGAAUCGUCGUGCUCUACAUAAGGUGUAGCCAACUAGUUGCACGCGGUCUCGGUGGAUUACCAAUACGUCAAAUUUGUUUCAAUAUGGCUUCGCAUAUGCAUUUGUUCAGUCAUCAAGUAAUAAUUUAUAUCAAUUAGUUUAUCUUGUUAGGACGAAAGUGGUCUAAUAUAUUCCAUCGUCCGUUAUUGGCAGUCAGUCACUCAGUCUUGGUCAAGUUAUGACAUGCCUGAGUAAGGCGAAUGCAACCUUACUAAAACUUUUGAUAGAGUCCACCAAGAAAAUCGAAUCAAUCACUUAAAAAACUCUUGUUCAACCUCCACUUAAUAAUGCGACAACUGAAUAUAAAAUGUGAUUCCUACGAUUUUCCCGCGAAACUCCACUUGAACUCACUGUUAGCAUGAAUUUACAUAGACUACCGUCGUUCACAUAACAGGCCCGUUUUGAUGUCUGUCAAUUAAGUUCAAGGAAUAAGUUUGUAUGAACGUACUGACUCGGUCAAUCGAAUAUCUACUUCUAAAACGUAAUAAUCGGCUACUUAGGUUGUCAAAUUCUAAUUUCUAAUGAUACUUCGAUUACAAACUUCACAACAAACAAAGAACACUGCGCUAUUACUUCGUGACAAUUGAAUUUUUUUUAUAAUCAUUAAUGUACAGGCCCUGUUGUUCACUUAGACUUCUUUAUGAGAAACGCUAUUUCCCUCAUGGCAGCAGUCGCCACGCGCAAACUUUUUUGCUAAAUACCGAAUGUUCUUGCUUUAUUUUCCAUUCCAAAGAUUCUAGGGUUUUGGACGCCUAUUGUGAUAUUAUUUUAAUUUAGUAUUAUAUACAUGACGUAAUGCAUUUCAAUUCUUGUAUGGUGUGAUAAUAAAUGCACAAUGCUCCAAAGUUAAAUGUAUUUAGUGUUAUGUGAGAUUGUAUCAUCACAAAGUUUAAUGGAUAAAGAUAUUUAAUAAGGUUCUUUAAAAUCAGUGAAAUCAGAUCCAGUUUUAGUUAACGAACAUUGAUAGGAUUAGGCAUCACUAUCUGCUGAAUGCUGAAAUUGUAAAUCAGAAACUUGACACAAUGUGUAAAGCUGGUUUUAUACUACAGUCAGCGCGGUUACGUACAAGCUCUAGACCUUUUUAAAGUGGAAAUUUCGUGGAAAAAAAUCGGCUAAGCGUUAGGCACUUUUUGGUAGGGGAUAAUUUUAUGGGUUCGCGUCACUGACUUACGAUUGGCGCAUGCGCAGUGUGCUGUGUGCCUUACAGAGUAAGAUCCCAGAGCAAUCUGAGACAGUUUAUUUUCACCUACCUAGAAAAACCUUAGGUUUUCAGUAGCGUCUCAUGUGCUUGCAUGUUUGUGGAAACUUGCUCUGUGACACCUGCGCAGGUACCAGGUGAGAAAGGUAACUAAAAGAAUGUUGUAUGUAUGUUACGCUGUCUGGAUCGAUUUGGAUAGUUACUUUUUUUUUGCUUGAAAGAGAAUACUCCUGAGGUGGCCCCAUUGACAUAUGUUAGGAUCUGAUGAUGGGAUCCUGCAGAAAUCAAAGGGAUUCCUCAACCUGACCACCGGUUGCUUGGGCACUCAAAUUUCCUGUAGCGGGAGGGUUGAUUUUUAUUAGUGUUUUGUAUUUUAUUUAUUUAUUUAAAUUUCAUCAAUCGCAGAUAGUGAUAGCCUUUACGCUGUUGCUUAUGAAAUGUAAAAUAGAUAAUAAAUUGGAUUAAUUGAUAUCAAAAUAAUGCUGUGCUUAAAUUAUAUUAUUAAUAUUAAGAAAGCUAAUUUUAAAGUAUAAUCUUGUAAAUAAAGUAUAUAUAAUUAUAUAGAGCUA